AUGAGCUGCAGUUCCUGGGCGGACCCCACGCACAGCUGGGUUCGCUGUGCCUGGAUCCGCCUUCCCAGCCUGCAGCCUCAUGAAUGUGGGGCUGUGGGGUUGACAUCGGAGAGGAAGAAGGAUGGACGGGUCAACACCCUGAAGCCAAGCUUCUGGAUCCAGAAAAUGGGUUGCUGGAGGAGACUGGGUCUGCUUUCCUUGCUGCUGCUGUCCUUCUCCUGCUGUGCCGGUGCACGCCGCAGCCUGAAGACCAACCUGUGCAAGUGGUGUGACUCCACGCCGCCAGCCUGUGAGCGGGAGGUGUGCUACAGCAACUGCAACCUCAACUCCUACUGCGAGGACCCCUUUGAGAUCUGCGUGGCCAUAUGGAGACAGGACAAUGACAGCAUCAGGAUCAGCACGCUCUGCCACAACCCCCACCGCCCCAUAGAGAACCUCAUGGUCCCCAACUACAACACCUCGCGCUGCAUCAUGACCCACCAGCCCAGCGAGGAUGGCAUCAUCUACAUCUGCGGCUGUGUGGAUGAGCAGGAGUGCAACGAUAAGCUUAUCUUUGAAAAUCAUACUAAUGGCUACUCCAUGCUGCAGAGCAAGGAGGUCAUCCCAGUGGCCGCCAUCAGCCUCCUGCCGCCGCUGCUGGUGGCGGUGAUGAUUACUGUCAUCUUCUAUCUCUGCCGCACGCAGAAGCAACGCAAGAGGGCCAAGAGCUGGGUUGGGAAGCAGGGCCAGGGUCCAGCACUGCAGGAGCCAGGCAGAGCUGCCGAGCGGGACGAGAAGCUGUCUGUGCUGAUGGAUGAUGGCCCGGCCACCAUGAACCCCACCUGCGCCAACAGCCUCAACCACAACACCGAGCUGCUGCCCAUUGAGCUGGACGAGAUGGUGGGCAAGGGGCAGUUUGCGGAGGUGUGGAGGGCUAAGCUGAACCACAGCAGCUCAGGGCAGUAUGAAACAGUGGCGGUGAAGAUCUUUCCCUGUGAGGAGUAUUCUUCCUGGAAGAACGAGAGCCAGAUCUUCACAGAUGCCAGCCUCAAGCAUGACAGCGUUCUGCAGUUCCUCACAGCUGAGGACAGGGGCUCCGGGCCACGCAGGGAGUACUGGCUCAUCACCGCCUACCACAGCAGGGGCAACCUCAAGGACUAUCUCUCCAGACACAUCCUGAGUUGGAUGGACCUGCAAAAAAUGGCAGGGUCACUGGUGAACGGGGUGGCCCACCUCCACAGUGAUUACACAGCCUGCGGCCGGCCGAAAAUCCCCAUUGCUCACCGGGACAUCAAAAGCACCAACAUCCUGGUGAAGAACGAGCAGGAGUGUGUGAUCUGUGACUUCGGCAUUGCCAUACGCCUCGACCCCUCACUGACGGCAGAUGACUUUGCUAACAGCGGGCAGGUGGGCACUGCCAGGUACAUGGCCCCAGAGGUCUUGGAGUCUAGGGUGAACCUGGAAGAUCUGGAGUCUUUCAAGCAGAUGGAUGUCUAUUCCAUGGCCCUCGUUCUGUGGGAAAUGGCCUCCAGAUGUGAAGUGGUGGGAGAGGUAAAGAAUUACGAGCUGCCUUUUGGAUCAAAAGUGCAGGAGCAACCCUGUGUGGACACCAUGAGAGACAUUGUGCUGCAUGGCAGAGGGCGGCCUGAGAUCCCUAGCAGCUGGCUGGUGCACCAGGGGAUGCGCUUCCUGUGUGACACCAUCACGGAGUGCUGGGACCACGACCCCGAGGCUCGCCUCACCGCACACUGCGUGGCCGAGCGCUUCAACCUGAUGGCGCAGAUGGAUUGCGACGACAUCCUCAACAACAACACGGACAACGAGGUCGGCAAAACAGCCUCUGCGGGAGGGGAGCAGCAGGGCAAUGAUGGGAGCAGGAGCAUGCCGUGAUGCAGCAGCAGGGAGCCUCAGCAUGAGAGUCCCAGGAAAGGAACUACAAUAUAGUGCAUAACUUAUUUAUUACAUCUGUUUCCUCCCAGUGAUGGGCUGAACUGUGGAAUCAAUACUUUUUUUUUUUUUUUUUUAAAGUGCAACACUAUAUAUGAACUGAUUUUGUACUUACUUUAAGUGUAUAAUGGUGCAAAGCAUUUCUUCUAUUAUUUUUUAAAACAAUAACAUUUAAUCUUUUAUUAAUAAGUACGUGAAUUCCAUGCCUAUCUUUAGAAGUCCUUCCAGGCUGUCAUCAGGAGUUUCUCUUCUAACUGCUCACUCUGCACAGCUCACACACUUUCUGAAUGGCGCACACACACACACACACACCCCAAAAAGAAACCCCAAAAAAGAUGAGAUAGCCUGAGAUGUUACAGGUUGCAGUGGAACAAAGAGCAUGGAAGUUACUCAGGUGAAAUUCUUUCAAUAGUAAAAAAACAAACAAACAAACAAACAAACAAACCCCACACAAAUAAAACCAAGUGACCAAUACAGGCACUGCUGAUCCUGAGACCUCCUGCUGCUCUAAGAGAUCUCAGUGUUGGCAAACUCCCUACCAGCACACCUCCCACACCCCUGCCACCAGUCCGGUCCCCAGCCACCCCCAACCAGAUCUUACCACACUAACACUGCCAACACAAACACGGUUGCCAAUUCUUCCUGCGGUUACUUCCCCUCCUCCACAGCAUUACUCAACUUGAAGAAACACGAUCAGACAGAGCAAGGACCUUUACUCCCCAUAACUCCCAGACCGAGCCAGGCAGCCUCUGCAGUAGAAAGGCAAUUAACUGAAUGAGAAAGGUCACACCACAUCGAACCACAUUGUUGUGCAAAUCUUAAUCCUUCCACUCUUGUAAGCAAAAGGUAAUAAAACCUCUCGCUGCUACCAAGAAGUCCUGCAAGCCCACACCUGAUGUGCACCUACACAGAGGUUCUUUCAGGAUAGUGUGAAAAAGGAAUGCUUUGCUUGCCAGCACAGCACGCCUGGCUGCUCCUUCCUGUCACCUUACAGUGCUCAAGUGAGCCCCUUCCCUCAAAGCACACCUCCAGUUUGCCAUCACAAUACUCUUUUCCACACACACUAAACGUCAGUCUCAUUUAACACAUUAAUGACUGUUCUCUGUAAGCCCAGAAGGAACAGGAGGCACUAG